UAGCAGGUAGAACCUUCUACUGCGAUCUGGUGUAGACUUGCAGAACAAAUUUAGUAGACAAGGCUCGUUGCGUUUGGGAGUGUUUGGAGCACUAACCUAUCAGUGUUUUGCAGUCACCGCAAUCGUGAUUUGAUUGGACUCAAAUUUGGCCAAAGUCGGGCAAAUUAGACAAUAAUAAUAUCAUAAGAUAGAAUAAAUAUCCACCAAAGAUGUUGAUCAAAGUAAAGACUCUUACCGGAAAAGAGAUUGAAAUCGACAUAGAGCCAACUGAUAAGGUGGAGAGAAUUAAAGAAAGGGUAGAGGAAAAAGAGGGAAUACCACCUCAACAACAGAGAUUAAUAUUUUCUGGCACGAUGAGAAAACAGCGCAGGACUACAAAGUACAAGGUGGUUCCGUACUCCAUUUGGUUCUCGCAUUGAGAGGUGGCUGUGGCAGAGGCCAAUAAUUACUAAAUUUCACCAAAAUUGACAAACCUCUCUUCUUUGCCCUGGCUUGCACCCGAGACCAGCGACGGACGAAUCAAGCUCCAACACAGGGCCAUGAACAGUGUGUAUGUGGGAAAAUUACACGAGCUUCAAAGCACAUUAUUAAGAAAUGAAUUCGCAAUCCAACGGAUGAUAUUUAAUAAAAUAAUUUAAUUGUAA